AGCGUACUCGCAUUUAUAUCACAUGUAAGCUCGUAGAAUAGUUAUUUGUAUUAAAAACAAAAUUUAAGUAUGAUAUUUGAUUGAACAAACCUAGUGUUUCCAUCAAAAAUCUUUCUUUGCUAAGCACUGAGCGAGCCUCACACUUGGUAGCCUACACGGUGACUUCUCGUGAAAUCUCGCGAUGGCUGACGAGAACAAGACCACUGGAAAAAAUGACGUCUUGUCAACAACACUAACAAAGUGAAAAGACAUGCCACAAAGUCCCACUGAAUAGCCACCCAGCCAUCAGUGCCCACAUCCCGCUGUCCCCAUGACAACCCCUCCUCUGGCCCAGUUCCCUGGGCAACAGGCUCAGGCAGCUAGGGAUGUGAACACAGCCUCGCUAUGUCGGAUCGGACAGGAGACGGUGCAGGACAUCGUCUUACGAACCAUGGAGAUCUUUCAGCUGCUGAGAAACAUGCAGUUGCCGAAUGGAGUCACCUAUCAUCCUAACACUCAUCAGGACCGGUUGGGGAAACUGCAGGAGCACUUGCGGAUGCUCUCUGUUCUUUUCCGAAAGCUCCGUCUUGUCUAUGACAAAUGCAAUGAAAAUUGUGCUGGUCUGGACCCCAUACCUCCUGAGCAACUUAUCCCCUAUGUGGAGGAUGACAGUUCUAAACUGGAUGACAGAAUGGCCAAUCAAAUGCGUGCAGCCAGCGAAGAGAGAAGAGAAGUACUGGAAGUUAAUAAGGAUGAUGGAAGGACAGAUGAAUGCAGAGAAUGGUAUGGUAAUGAAUGGACUGAUGGAUGAACCGGCAGAUAGACAUCAGCUUGAACGAGCAAAUGGACGCACGCAUGAAAGUAAUGAGGCCAUGGAUGAUUGAAAAUUAGCACUCAGGUCAGUUUGUUGAAACAUAAUGGAGACCGUCUGUCUGACUCAUCCCAUUGCAGGCUAGGUUGCGCAUUUUAAUAGAGUCAUGCCAUUGUCCUGUUGAUUGAGUGCCACCGUUUGCUGUGCCAAUGGAGCUCUGGCUUGAUUUACUGAAUCCUUCAUCACUGUUGGAGCUCCAACAAGUUGGUGAAGUGGUGGAGAGAUGUAUAGCACGAGUAUGGUAAUGCCCCGCUGCUUUAUGGGACAUCCCGUCACUGAAUGAUCACCCUGCUCUCGUUAUCUGUCGAUUGGGGUAAUUGCUGUUUGUCAGGGCCCAGGCUGAAUAAUGCUCCUGCAAUCUAGAGUGGCCUUCAUCACCAUGACUGAUCUGUCUUCACACAUCUUGUAUGUGUUCCACAGAGUUUUAUUGUACCUUUCACCAGUGGUGUAACAGAAUGAUUUUGGCUUUGCUUUUCUAUCGCCAAAAUCUCAGCGGUGUAAUUGUAUUUUAAUCACACAGAAAUUUCGGAAACAAGCACAAGAAAAGCCAUCAGUGUAAACAAACUCAGGUCCGAAAUAUGCAUCAUCUGACUCAAGAGGAUAAUUUACUGUAAGCCUGUCAUCCCUCCCCUCUUCUUGACUCUCUAACUGCUUUGGUGUGAGAGUCUCUGGGGCCCCUUAGGGCCCCACAGAUGUGUGAGGCCAUCCAAAGGUCCACUGUAGUCGAGGCACUGUCAACUCAUCCGGGCAAGCGCUUUGAUUGAACACUGCUCUAACUGUUAAUAAAUUCCUGUCACAGCCCAUUAAGAAGGCCUUGGAGAGACGGCUGCUCUCAUUUAUUCUCCACCACUCUCCUCUUUUUUUUCCUCCCCCUCUUUUGCACUCUUUCUUCUUCACUCGCCCCCCUUCUCAGUGUUUUUUUUUUAAUACCCUGUUAAUUACCCCGUCUGUCCUCUUUAUUCAAAUGAGAAAGUGAGAAAUGUGAGAGGAGAAUGUUUGUAAUUUCAAAUAGGCCUCUCAGAAGGCAGAUACCGUGAGCGUAAUCAACAACGGCAGAGGCUGCGGCGGAGGUGGCGGCACGGGCGUUUACUGUUAUCUCCGGAGCAGGGCUGGGGCUGAGGGGCCGUGGUGGAGCUGUGCUCUGAUAAACAAACACGCUGGAACCAUAAUGAGGCGGUUCAGAGGAGACAGUCCUCCCCAUACACACACACAUGCUCGCAGGAGGCACUCAAUUCUCCACAUGAUUAGUCAGUUCAUAUGUCAUCCAUUAGAACAGGUUUACUGGCUAGAGGCCUUUUAAUUGGUGCACACAGGGUCAGGGAGGAAGGCCCAGCAUGCUUAGGGCAUGGAAAAAAGGGACACGCUGAAAAUAGAAAACAUUUCGCAGUGCUUCAUUGCGCUUCAGGUUGAGCAAUUGCUGUUUGUUUUCCUAUUAUUACUUUGUACUAGUGGACGAAUAAUUCGUUUUUUUUUUUCGUGCGAUGGUUGUGUUAACAUUUAAACAACAAAUUAAAGCCACUCAAGGUCUGGAAGGUCUGGAAGUGUAAUGUUGGUUUAAACCCAAACAACAAAAAAGGAAAAGAGUAUUAUGAAUCUUCUUAAAGAGACAUUUCACUCAAAAAGACAUCCUUAACUCAACCUCAUUUGUGACCCUGGACCACAAAACCAGUCUUAAGUCGCUGGGGUAUAUUUGUAGCAAUAGCCAAAAAUACAUUGUAUGGGUCAAAAUUAUUGAUUUUUCUUUUAUGCCAAAAAUCAUUAGAAUAUUAAGUAAAAAUCAUGUUCCAUGAAAAUAUUUUGUAAAUUUCCUACCGUAAAUGUAUCAAAAUUAAAUUUUUUAUUAGUAAUAUGCAUUGCUAAGAACUUCAUUUGGACAACUUUAAAGGCGUUUUUAUCAAUAUUUAGAUUUUUGCACCCUCAGAUUCCAGAUUUUCAAAUAGUUGUGUAUCAGCCAAAUGUUGUCCGAUCCUUACAAACCAUACAUCAAUGGAAAGCUUAUUUAUUUAUUAUAGAGGAUGUAUAAAUCUCAAUUUCAAAAAAGUGACACUUAAGACUGGUUUUGUCGUCCAAGGUCACAUUUGGUCUUCAAGACACCAUUUAAUAGCUUUGUGUGAGAAACAGGCCCAUAUUUGUUAUUUAGAAAUUUAGAGAUCCUUUUCAGUUGCUAAAAUAUCUUCGCAUUAUCAGUGAUCAGAUUAUAUGCAUUCACCCUCCAUAAAUCAGUGCUCAAAUAUAAACUGACACUGCUCUGAUUUGUCUUGUAUUUGUACUUUUCUUGGCCUACUACCCAUGAGGGAAUGUGAUUCAGUUUCAAAACGAACCCUUUUUGUCUUCUCAGCCAAAUCCAGAGUUUUCCCUUUUCUCCCAUAAGAGCAGAGAGGCUAAAAUUACAUCUUUCUUACUUUAGGCUUUAAAAUGGAAUUACUGCUACACUUUCCCUGAAAGAUUUCUAUUGCUCAUCUCUCCUUUAUACUGCCUGGGAAGCGCUCAUUGGAGCCAGAUGCAGUAAACCCCUGACAGUCUGAGAGGAGAUGAAAGAGCUCGCUGUAAGAAAGGGAUGCAGGGACAUGCCUGAUUGGGAAUCACACAAUCCUUUCUUUAAAGAAAGCUUUCUCUUGUUUUAACAAUGUCUUUAGCACCAUUGUGUAUUUUUGCAUAAAGAAAAUGAAGCAUAUUUUUUAGAAGCAUUAACAAUUUUAUGCAUUGUAGCACUAGUCAGAUUCCAAAGGCAAUCCCCCAAAUGCGAAAUAAUCUUAUUCUCAUUACAGUAAUACAAAUAAUAUCCUCUCUGGAUUAAUAUAUAUAUAUAUAUAUAUAUAUAAGUAAUUGGAGAAAAUUGAUAUGCUUAAUUAUUCAUGAAAAUAUCAAUAUUCAAAAAAAUAUAGUAGUCUAAAUAUAAAGGGACAUGCCUUAUUUAAUUCAGUACUGGCUUAUUUAAGGAUUACAAACUGAUAACAAGAAAACAUUUCAGCUCGCAUUACCAUUUGACAUGCUGUGGUUUCUCUAAUACAUUCCAUUGUAUCAAUCAUUCCCCAAGUGGAUGCCAUCUUUCUUUCAUCCCUCUCGUCCUUCACCUCUGAUCUAUGGAGAUCUCCUCCCUCCUCCGGCGUCUCGGUCUCAUCACAUUGGGUUGGGGCUUUAGUUCCUCUCUGUUUCGUUUCUCCAUCAAUCCUUUCACUCCCACUCGUCCCAGUCGCAGCGCUCACACAUGGCGCACUGUUUAGCUCAAAACCGAAACGUUGCUUUGAAGAUCUGAUGAACUUUUCAACCUGAACAUUGUGUGUUUAAUUGAGUUUAGGUUCUUGUUUAUGAAUUGCUCUAGUGGAACGAAAAUAAUGAGACGUUUGAGAGAGGAAAGGAGAUCAUUUGCAAAUCAUUUGCAACUAGAUCGGUUUAUGUUAAUUAGGCAGACAGCCUACAUACAUAUCUGUGUUUAUAGUCGCAGAUGAAGUGGGCAGGGAAUGGUCAUGAAGGGUUGAUACAAGCACUGUAAACGAAGUAACAAUAAACAGCAAAAUCAAUACUGCAGGCUGACAGCAGUCUGGUGUUGCAAGAUUGAAAAAUGCUGGGGAACAGAGCAGUGAUCAAUGGAGACAACCUUCAAUACUUUGACAUUUCACACACAGUCUCUCUUUACUGCUGCUUAUACUCCGGAGAGCAUUUGGAAAAGAGGUUUACAGGUUUUCAUUUGUGGCACACAGUAAAGCAAGUACCAUUAUUACUGUUGCCUGUACUUACGAACCAAACCCCAUUUGUGCUACAGACAUGAGUUUGUAAAAUUAUGCAACUUGUUAAGAAGCAUGUUUCAGUUAUUUUCUAAGUGAUUAGACAUAUUAUACAGAUGAUAAAUUUGGUGAAAAUCCUAUAGAUGUCCAAUGAAAGAGGGAUUCAGACAGUAUAACGACCAGAAUAUAUGUGUGCUGUGUUCUUCUUAUUAAUUUAAUUUAAUUUAAUUUCAUUUAAUUUCAUUUCAUUUCAUUUCAUUUCAUUUCAUUUCAUUUCAUUUAACAUUUUAUAAAUUUAAUUUAUACAUUUUAAAAUGAUAAAUACAGAUUACUUUAGAAACAACUUUUUUUAUGUACAACUUGAGUCUCUGGAAUCUCAGUCAAGUUAACCUCAACAGACCUUGAAUGUUAAAGAUUUUUAUUGGUUGCGCCAUGUAUAGUAUCAUUGUGUUAUAAGUGAGGCUUUAAAUGCAGCACUCACUUUUAUACAAUAUGUAACGGGGGUCUUUGCUCCAUCUCUCUCUGUACACCAAGGGGUCCUUCGUAAAGUGUUGAAGGCCUUUGUAGAAGCAAGCACCACUUUUUAUUUCAGAAAAUGUAAACAUCUAGUUGUAUUUUUAGCUGUCUUUCAAAGACUUGGGUAUCUUUUCUGCUUGAAUUGUCAACAUGUCUAAAGGAAUUUUGUUGAAGGGCAGUUGUGCAGUGUUUUUUUCUGUAGAUUUCUGUCACUCAUCAUUUACUGCAUUCUUGCCAUCAGCAGUCUUCUCAUGUAACACACAGAGGGGCCAUCUGGCUUCAGCUUUGAUCAAAAUAAACAGCUGAUGAAGCUAGUUCAAUUUUUGGAUGUUCAGCAGCGGCAUUAAUGCCAAAAGAACACACUGUCCACAUCAUUUACUCUACAAGAUAGUCGACAUGGGAGAGAUAAUGCUAAUUCAAAGAAAAGACUAAUGCCAUUCACAUCUGUGCAAGGAAAUGUACCUACAGUGCUUCCUUCCUUCCUUCCUUCCUUCCUUCAUUAAUUAAUUAAUUAAUUUAUUCAUUCAUUCCAUUGAAUUUAAUUGAAUUUAACGUAAUUUACAGAGACCCUUGACAGUCAUUUCCGAUUUAGUUUAAUAACAUGACAUGCCCAAAAAAAAAAAAAAAUUGUGUGUAUAUACAUACACACACACACACACACACACACAUACAGUGUGUAUAUACUCACACACACACAGUCAUGGCCAAAAAUAUCGGCACCCUUGGUAAAUAUACAUAUACAUACACACUGUAUAUAAACAACUUGUUAAACCCUAAAAAGUGUUACACGAGGAUGAGCAAAUGAAGGCAGAAUUUUCAGUUCAAAGCAAAAGAGGUUUGUCCUGUGCGAUUUCUGCCACAACUUUUUAUUAAAUAUUAAAACAAUUUUGCUUUGGAAGUUGUAUUCACAAUCCACUCGGCUCAGAAAUCUUAGGGGGCAUGUGCUUUUGAGAUAUGAAUGGGAAUGAUGCUUCUGGAUUCAAUCUAGUUAACGUUUUGAGAAAGAAUAAGCAGUGUCUUUAAAUAAGCAGAACACAAUAGUUGCAUUAAAGAUGUUGUGAUGUCACCUGGAUUAGAAUGAGGUGGUACAUCCUUUCCCGCUCUUCAAUCAGUGUAAUCCCCUUGCUUCACUCCCAGACACUUACACUAGUAAUUCCUGUUCAAUCUCAGCGAGCAGAAAUGCUGAAACGAGUCGAGAGAGACAAGGCGGAUUAGCCGUGUGGAAUCCAAGGUCACAGUUUUUAUAAUGAAGGCUUGUUCUACAGAUAAUUUCUGCAUUUCAUUUUAUUCUUAGUUUAAAAUUGUUUCACUUUGAUCAGUCUCUGCAAUAAACAUGUUCUAACUGGUAUUUAAGCCACACUUCUCAAUAGCUCUCUUGUUUUAGAUCUUUUUUUAAUCCAUUCAGACCUCAGAGACUAAUUUGUGCUUCUCACAGUUUUGGGUGCCAAUGAAAAAACACAAUUUUUUCUUUGCAAAAUGGUGCACUGGUGUAAGCACGUCAUCCAGCUGUCACUCAGAGUGUAAAACAUAGCACAUUUGAACAAACCUGAAUUUUAAUAAGUCCGCAUUUGAUCAAAAACUCUUCCCUCUGUGCACAUUAUCGAGGGCGGCUGCUUUGAUCUCAUCGUGAGUCGAUGAGGUAAGAGAUUCAGAUGAAGGGAGAGGCCAAAUGAGACGCCAUGUUUGAGCCUAGGACUGAAUUAUAUGAAAAAGUAAAAGCGGUUUUUCUCUUCUGAUUGUCUUCUGCAAAAGCCACUUAAUGAAUUUAUGAUUAGGCAGCAAAAUUUAAAUAGUCCUCAAAUAUCACUUAUUAUUGUUAAUGAUAAUUAGCAGUACUAAAAGGAAUAGUUCAUUUAAAAAAAUGAAAAUUCUAUUAUCAUUUAUUCACCCUCAUGCCAUUCCAAACCUGUAUGACUUUUUUUUUUUAAAGAAAUGUUAUGAAAAAUGUCAAUGAUAGUCAACUGUUGUUUCGGCUCCCAUUGACUGUCAUUCUGUAGGCAAAAAUGAAUGACAUGACAGUAUAUUUCUGGGUGAACUGUCCCUUUAUUGGUCAGAACUUCACUGCACAAGUACAUACUAAAGUGCUAGUGUAUAGGUUAUUAGACUUCAGGUCACAUUGACUUCACAUUUAUUAAGCAGCCCACAGUGGCUUUCAGUGCUCGAUAAGAAGAAGCAACUUUGUCACGAGAGCUGAGCUGCCACCAACCAGUUGCCUUCAUGCUAACUUCUGAAAGCUCCUGCCUAAACGCUGAAAGCCAGUGGGAUGACGAGAGCCCUUUAUCACAGUUAACAUCUGUACUGAGAAUCAUGAUCAAGUGAGACCUUACCUCUCUGCUCUAUGAGAGACUUGUGUCCUCUGAGCUUGCCUCAGGACUCCUGUUUCAGUGCUUGACAACAAGUGCCUCAGACUCUCUUCCUGUCAGUGUUCCUGGAGCAAUCAUGAUUCAGGUUGACCCUGCUAGGAAAGGAAGAAGCGAUCAAUGUAAUGUUCUGCCCUGUACCAGCUGGGACCUGUUCGCUUAUGCUGAGUCUUUAUUGUGUCUUAAUG